UGCCCUUAGCAAAGAUGGCGGCAGCGGGAUGCGCGCCCCGAUGAGCCGCCGGCGCCGCUCGCCCCGCCCCUCCCGCGGGAACGAACGCGCGCACCGGUGACGCGCAACGUGCGCGACGGCCGGAGCGGCGGGGACCGGAGCACCUUGAGUGAUGCCCAAGAAGUUCCAAGGUGAAAACACCAAGUCGGCUGCUGCCCGUGCGAGGAAAGCUGAGGCCAAGGCAGCAGCCGAUGCCAAACGUCAGCAGGAGCUGGAAGAUGCCUACUGGAAGGAUGAAGACAAACACGUGAUGAGGAAGGAGCAAAGGAAGGAAGAGAAGGAGAAACGGCGGCUGGAGCAGCUGGAGCGCAAGAAGGAGCUGCAGCGCCUGCUGGAGGAGGAAGACUCGAAGCUGAAAGGGAAGUCGCCCAAGCAGGUCACUCCGGGCAAAGUCACCAGGGCCCAGAUCGAGGAGACGAUCAGAAAAGACCAGCAGCAGAAGGAGAAUGCAGAUACAGUGGAGAAGGAGAAGACUCACUUGGAGGUCCCCUUGGAAGAGAACAUCAACAGACGGGUGCUGGAGGAAGGAUCGGUGGAGGCCAGGACGAUUGAAGAUGCCAUUGCUGUCCUCAGCGUUGCCAAUGACCUGGACCGGCACCCCGAGCGCCGGAUGAAAGCUGCCUUCACAGCUUUUGAAGAGAUCAAUCUGCCACGCCUGAAGCAAGAGAACCCCAACAUGCGCCUGUCCCAGCUCAAGCAGCUCCUCAAGAAGGAGUGGAUGAAGUCUCCAGAAAACCCCAUGAACCAGAGGCACAAAGCUUACAACAGCCAAAAGUAGAACUAGAGCUGAUCGCGCCCCACGGACAGUGGGCUGGAGCCUCAGGGCUCUGCUCGGAUGGAAGCAGGAGACACAAGGAACCUCCUCUCCUUUUGUUUCCCUUUCCCACCCCGACUUUCUGUCUUUCUCUGUUUUUGGAUUUAAGAUAAGCACGAGGCCACGGCUGACAGCCUGUCCCCCCCGAUGCGCUCACCCCUCCACAGGCGGCUGGUGCAGAGCGACCUGGACAGACUAACACUACCUUCAUGCCUGCAAAUUCGGUUGUCUUACAGAAAAAAAAAAAGCCACUAACUUGCUUCCAGACCUCCGGCAUGGGCAGCACUGGCGAGGUGCAACGUCAGCGCUGCCGCCUGUCGAGGUAGGGACCCCCGGCGCUGGCUUAGCACCGUGUGUUUAACCCGCUCACAGCCUGGACCUGAGCCAAGCCGCGUUCACCCCUGUCUCUACCGUGGCUGCGCCGCACCCUCGUGCUCUGCGGGGUGAAGUUUUGCAGCCGUCACGAGGAAAGCACCCACCCUCCUGUUGCUGCUGUCGUUCUCGGUGCUGGGAUGUCCCCAGAGAGAUUCCAGACUGGGAUGGCUGUCGGCCCUGCCGGCUGCCGGCCACCUCUCUCCUCUUGAUCUCGACCAGCGGUGCGUUAGGUGGGGAGGAGGAACCGCAACGGGAGCAGAAGCUCUGUCGGCAGCGUGUUGUGGGGAAGAGAGAAAAUAACCUUCCGUUUUCAAAGGAGAAUGGAAGAAAUAACACCGCACGGCGUGGUUCCUGCCUUGUCUGCGCAGGACGCUGGUGCCAGACUUCUCUGUGUGACUUUCCUGGUGGCCUUGCCCAGAGCCUCGCACGCUGCUGGUGGGACAGGAGGGUUCCUGGAGGGGCUGCAAUGCCACAUGACCCAAAAAUUGCCCCGAGAAGGGAAGCCGCUGCUUCUCCCGUCGCUUCUUCCCCUGUCUGCUCCCAGGCUCAGGCAAGAAAGUGCCCUGUGGGCCUGAGGAAGGGGAUGUGAGACUGUCAGCUCGGCAGCUUCCCCCGCCGCCGGACCGAGGGCACUAACCGGGCCGUGCCGCCUCUGCUCCCCUUCGGCUGCAGCCCUGCGGUCUCACCGCUGGCCCAGGCUAAAAGAGAUCGGUGAGCUCCCUUGGGAGGGCCGUGGCAGGAGCCGGGCAGGGCUGGUGGGGCUUAGCCCCAGAGCCACGGCAGAGUCCUGCCUUGAGCAGGCACUGGGUUUUCUUCUCUUCCCUCUCCCCUUUCCCAUCUCUUCUGGUCUCCUUUGGGAGUGAAAUUCUUUCCUGAGGUCUAAACCCUUGACCAGGCAACAGCUCCGUUGCCUUUGGUGCUUCUGCCAAACGGAGACAAACUCACGGCUGGCUUGGCAUCGCGCCGGGGCUUCUUCUGAUGUUUCUAAACAAAUAGGGUUCAUCCCCAGCCAGGUGACUGGCAGUGUGGGGCCUCUGCCGCUGCGGAGGAUGGCCUGCGAGCAGGCAGGGGGAGGGCUGCGGGGGUCCACAAGGCCACGGAGGCAUUUGCACUUUGGUGGUGUGAAGGGGUUUGGGGAGGUGAUGCUCAGGCUGAAGCCGAGAGCCUGCGGCCGUUUCGGGGCUCUCCCCAGCCCUCCCUGCACCCUGCUUGCAGAACCAGGCUGAAGGAGCCGGGCCGGCCCCCGCCACCUCCCUGCCUGCUCGCGCAAGCCCAGCCGGUAAAGACAGGGAGGAAUGCACCGUGUGUCUCCCCUUUUUGUGAGAGGUUUGUUGUGUUUGAACCCAAUUAAAAACCCCCAAACCCUGUUAACUUGCUGAAGGAAUAAAGGCCUGGGGUGGAGGGCUCUCUUUUCCUGGCUUGCUGGGGCAGGGGGCUGUUUCCUCCCUUAAAAUGGCUGCUAAAAAUCC